GCAGCAGCUCUGCGCCUCCGCCAGUGCCGGCCGGUCCCGAGGCAGAACCGAGCAACCCCGCUGCGUCCACGCAGCCCGCGGCAGCCCGAGUGCCCCUGGGGAGGCCGAGCUCGGGCCGUUGAGCUUUCUGCAUCUCGGUUGCUCCAGGGCUGGCUCCGUGUGACCCUGGCGGGACUCCCCAACAUCGGCGAGGACGCUACGCUGGGACUGCUGCUGGAUGCGCUGAGGGUUGGAGGCCCUGAUACCCGUGAGACUGGUCCCUUGCCAGGUGGCUGCUCUUGUCCCACACUGUCGUCCUUCACUUUCGAGGAGUAACCAGACCAGCUGUCCUGUUUGGUCGCUUCCUGCCACCAACACCCUGCAAUCCCUGCUCUUGGUGUGGUUCGCAGGUCCUGGACAUAUCAGCUCUCCCAAGGGUGUGAGCAAGGUGCUGGGCUGACUGAUCUGGGAGACCCCCCGGCUCCAGGUGCUAAAGCCUGCUCAUCUGCCUGCCCCCAAACCUCCUUAAGCCACUCUACCUGUGGGCAUCACCAUGGCAGCCCAGAGCAGAAACACUAGUUUCACACCCAACUUGAAUCUACCCCAAGACCAUGGCUCCUCGCUCUCCUUCAACCUCAGCUACGGUGAUUAUGACCUCCCUCUGGAUGAGGACGAGGACAUGACCAAGACCCGGACCUUCUUCGCAGCCAAGAUUGUCAUCGGCGUGGCCCUGGCAGGCAUCAUGCUGGUCUGUGGCAUUGGCAACUUUAUCUUCAUUGCUGCCCUUGCCCGCUACAAGAAGCUGCGAAACCUCACCAACCUGCUCAUUGCCAACCUGGCCAUCUCCGACUUCUUGGUGGCCAUCAUCUGCUGCCCCUUUGAGAUGGACUACUACGUGGUACGCCAGCUCUCCUGGGAGCAUGGCCAUGUGCUCUGUGCCUCCGUCAACUACCUGCGCACUGUCUCCCUCUAUGUCUCCACCAAUGCGCUGCUGGCCAUUGCUAUUGACAGAUACCUGGCCAUCGUCCACCCCCUGAAGCCACGGAUGAAUUACAAGACAGCCUCCUUCCUGAUCGCGCUGGUCUGGGUGGUCUCCAUUCUCAUUGCCAUCCCAUCGGCCUACUUUACCACGGAGACCGUCCUCUUCAUUGUCAAGAGCCAAGAGAAGAUCUUCUGCGGCCAGAUCUGGCCAGUGGACCAGCAGCUGUACUACAAAUCCUACUUCCUCUUCAUCUUUGGCCUGGAGUUCGUGGGCCCCGUGGUCACCAUGACCCUGUGCUAUGCCAGGAUCUCCCGGGAGCUCUGGUUCAAGGCUGUCCCUGGCUUCCAGACAGAGCAGAUCCGGAAGCGGCUGCGCUGCCGCCGGAAGACAGUGCUGGUCCUCAUGGGCAUCCUCACAGCCUACGUGCUGUGCUGGGCACCCUUCUACGGCUUCACCAUCGUGCGCGACUUCUUCCCCGCCGUGUUUGUCAAGGAGAAGCACUACCUCACUGCCUUCUACGUGGUCGAGUGCAUCGCCAUGAGCAACAGCAUGAUCAACACCGUGUGCUUCGUGACAGUCAAGAACAACACCAUGAAGUACUUCAAGAAGAUGAUGCUUCUCCACUGGCGCCCCUCCCACCAUGGGAGCAAGUCCAGCGCUGACCUUGACCUCAAAACCAGCGCCGUGCCGGCCACAGAAGAGGUGGACUGUAUCCGGCUGAAGUGACCUGCCGUGCUCUGGAAUUGAAAAUGUAGCACCAGUACUUAGAGUGUCACACACCAUCAACCAAGUCACAGGCUGUGCGACAAGGUACAGCUGUGUCCACAGCUCCCUGCCCUCCAGGAGCUGGAUGCUUCUGAGUAAUGACACACAAUGUCCAGAUACCAACCACCCCAGCCGGCAUUCACUGAUGUCUACUGAACACCCACCACGUGCAAGGCACAAUGACAAAACUAGACACAAUUGGCAGCAAGUGACAUGGACCACACACCUACGGUGAGCAGACCACUCCAAUGUGAUUGCACAGCAUGAUGGGGACUGACACUUACCGAUAGCAUUCUGUGUGCAGGAACUUGGAAAGCAAAGCAAAGUGGCAGAAGCUAUUGCAGUCAUUAAGCUAUAUGUAGAUGUAUAAAGGGCUGGACAGAAGCCACUUGUGGUUAUCUGGAUCCCCCAAGCCCCACCUGUGUUCCCUCAUUCUGUCCCUUGUCCAUGCAGGAAUUCCAAGAGGCUGCAGGAGAGGGCACUCGGACACAGUAGAAAUUCAAGGACAAGUCCCUCAGUAUGGAGUUCACUGCCUCAUGGGAAAAGUCAGUGCCAGCGCACUGGCCGUCCCCACCCAGCUCCUACUAUCUUCUGAGAUAUUCUUUAGGAUAUUCUCUGAAGAGUAGUCUUCCUUGAGACCAAGCCAGUCUAUGGUUAUACGGUUAUCUACCAUCGUGUAAUUUCAAAGGGAAAGAAGCAAAAUGUCUUUGCCCCCAUCCUAGAAUCUUGUCAUUCUGUUGGCUUAAGAGAGGCAAUCUUGGGGCUGGGGAGAUGACUCAGUAAAAUAAGCACUUGCUUGGCAAGCACAAGGUCCUGAGUUCAAUCCCCAGUACAGGAAAAAAAAGGGGGCCAAUCUUGAGAACACACCAGUUCCUGAAGCUUCAGAACAAAUGAUUCCAGGAGCUCCAAGGGCAGAGGAAGAGACCAGAGAGUUGGAGGUUGCCACUGGUGAUGAACAUAAUUGUGUAGUUGCUUUACAAAGACCUGAACCAUUUCCUAGAAUAUGCCCUCUUUUACAAAAAGAGCAUUUCUUGGAAUCCCUGGGUUCAAGUGUGACUCGAGGGAUCAUGUGACCUAGAUGUCUCUCCUCUGUGUCUCAGUAUGGCUUUGAUGAAUGGGGACAAUGAAGAUACCUCCUCUGCCUGAUGUUCUCAGUACCAUUGGGAAAGCCUUCUGAGGUCAUAGUAUAUGAAUAUAAUUUUCAACUGUACACAUGGUAGUAAUGAGUAAGUGAUGUUGAACCAUUUGUUUGACAGGAGUUUGUUUAGGAAUUCCAUGUCCUAUAGGGUUUUGGGGGG